AUGAUAAUUCGAAAGCUGAAGGCGAUAAGCAACAAAAUACUAAAAACAACGCGCUCUGCCACACGAACCCCCACGCUGUCAGAAGAGCCAAAACAAAACAAAGAGUCAAUCGACACACAGCCGCUUCCUGGCAUAAAGUAUCUCCAAAGAAGACAGAUGGCGUCGCAGAAGCAGUAUUUCGACAGCGCAGACCACUUCCUAAAGAUCUACGAGAUGGAGAAGACCAUGCAGCAAAUAUCCCACGAAAAUCUUAUCAAAGAAGCAACAGAAGAAGGAAACCCAGAGGCCGCAGUAGAAAAGAGCCAGGCUCCUCUUGAAACAGCAUAUUCAGAAAUAAUUGAUGAAAUGAAGCCAAAGGAGUGGGUGUGA